CGCUCAGCAAGUAAGCACGUGACGUUACAUAAGGUUGGUAGUAUGAGUAUGGCUUUUGAAUGUGUAUGGAGUGUGUAACUGCCUUCGCCGAUGUGAAGAUGGUUGACUUAGCCAAGGAGGCUUUUAAUACCCAGAAUUACCAACUGGCUGCAGAGAUUUAUGAACGUACUAUUAAAGAAAACGGACCGUCAUUGGAUCUGUGCAUGGGACUCGCGAAUAGUUUCGCCUGUUGGGGACACUUUGAGAAAGCCUUUGAUGCUUAUGAAAGCGCUUUCAGACUUGGGAAUCAAACACCAUCUGCUUUAAAACACUUAGUAUCUGCUUUAGUGAAUGCUGUGAAACGGGACAAUAUCGUAUCCAGUGCAAACAUGAGCAAAAGUUGCAUGUUCACCUGCACGAUAUGUAGGGGAUUAUUUAACGAACCUGUGACUAUACCGUGUGGUCAUACCUAUUGUAGAAAAUGUUUCGAAAGAGAUGAAUCUAAAACCUGUAGAACAUGUGGAACUAUUCAUCAUUUCGUUAGAACCUCCAGUUUUCAAUCAAAUGUGCUUUUAACGAGACUUCUGGAAAGUUGGUUUCCAAAUGAAAGUAAGGCCUCACGCCUGAAGGCUGAUGGAAAUAGGUUUUUCGAAAGAAGACUCUUCGAAAAAUCUGUUGAACUAUACAGUUUGGCUAUUGAGUUAUCACCUCAAGAUCAUCUCUUACUAAGCAACCGUUCCCAUGCAUUUGCUUCUCUUGAUAGAUUUAGGGAAGCUUUGCAAGAUGCAGAGAGAGUUGUCAAACUCCGUCCUGACUGGCCUAAAGGAUACUUCCGUAAAGGAUGUGCUCAGUUUGGCAUGGAUCUUUUUGAAGAUGCUAUUGUAUCAUUGCUUCAAUGUUUAGCACUGGAUACUGAAGUCAAGGCAGCAAAAGAUUAUCUUUCCAAAUCUCUGCACAAAAUCUUGUCGCCAUUUCCCAAUGAUGAUGUGAAAGCUUUGGCGUUGAAAAAUCAGUUCAAUCCUUCACUGCUGACUCAGCUGAUCCGCUCCAACUUCAGCACUGCACUUCUUCUACCUCACAUUACAAUGGACAAGCUGGAGCAACUUCAAGGCAUCAUCAAUGAGACCCUUUCAAGUGCCACAAACUUUGUACUGGAACAGGCUGAAGUAAAACCAAGCUUUAAUAAGGAUGAACAAUGUUCCUCAGGACAUGCUUCAAAUGGUGAAGGUGAAAAUACAGACUCAACAAUCACACUGAAAUGUGCAUCUGAACCAAGCAGCAGAAGAGAAUCGCCAAUCAUUUUCCUGAGAGGUGCAAGGUCAAGAUCCCAGUCUCCUUAUGGCAGGAACAGCGAUAGUAAUAGAAAGCGUGCACAUGAACCAAUUACUACCCAGGCUCCACUCUCACCCCAAGAGACUCCACAGAAACAGCAAAAGUCUGCAGAAAGUAUACCAAUGGAUAUUAGCGGAACUUUGCUGAAUGUGGAUGACUUUGAGUGCAGUCUGUGUUACCGUUUGUUGCAUGAACCAGUCACCACUCCAUGUGGUCAUUCCUUCUGUAGACAAUGCCUCGACAGAAGUCUAGAUCACCAAAGUGUUUGUCCUCUAUGUAAAGGCUCAUUAGUAGAGUAUUUAGCUGAGAGACGCCAAACCAGAGACGAAUCAUUGGAAAAUAUAAUUAAAACCUAUUUCCCUGAAGAAUAUGAAGCUAGGAAAAAAGUUCAUGAGGAUGAGCUAGUUGAACUUGCAAAAAUGGGAGAAGAUGAGAGACAUCAUGUUCCUAUUUUUGUAUGCACAAUGUCAUUUCCUGGAGUAUCUUGUCCUCUACAUAUCUUUGAGCCUCGAUAUCGACUUAUGGUCAGGCAGUGUAUGGAAUCUGGAACCAGACAAUUUGGAAUGUGCAUCUCUGCGGGGGGAGAUGAUGACGAUUUCUCGGAGUUUGGUUGUAUGUUGGAGAUAAGAGAUGUACAGUUCUUCCCCGAUGGACGGUCAUUGGUUGAUUGCAUAGGAGGCCGAAGAUUUAAAGUCCUCUCCAGAGGACACAGAGAUGGAUACCACACAGCCAAUGUGGAGUUUCUGAGAGAUGUUGCAAUAGGGGAAAAUGACUUGGAAGCUGUAAACAAGCUUCAAGAUCAAACCUACCAAGAAGUUAAAUCCUGGUUCGAUAACCUGCCAGGGAUGCAGCGAAAUCAAAUCAGUCGACAUUUUGGAGGUUUUCCAGCCUUUGACGCAGACUUCCAGGGAAAUCCCAACAGCACUGCGUGGCUAUGGAAAGUUCUACCAAUACUACCUUUAGAUCCCAGAAUUCAGCUGACAAUGUUAGCUAUGACCUCCUACAAAGAAAGGCUGGAGGGUAUUCUGAGAGUACUAGAAUAUAUUAAACGAAGAAGCUCAUGACUAGAACAGAUAGCUCUUCAUUUUAUUUACAUCAUUCUUAAUUACAGGUUUCUCGUAGGAAUUGUUAUAAUCAUUGCUUUAUUAAUUCAACUUGCAAUCUGAACAAUUUUUUCCCCAUUUUUCUUUUAAAUAUGUUUCAGUGUCAAAUGUAUCUGUUUCUAUGUAUGUAAGUGUGUGCAUGUCUGUUGAUGAUCUGAAUUUUGUUUUCAUGAUUUUCAACAACCUUAGAAAUGGUGCUGCUGUUGUAAAUGGCGUGAUGUUGAAAUGAGAGAAGUAGUGUAACAUAUAAAAUUGUUAGUUAUUACAUAGAAAGAUAUUUAAAUUCAUUGAAGAAAAAUUAAAUUGCAAAGUUUAAAAGGAUGAUAGUUUCUGUUUGUCAUAAGUAAGCAAGCAAUUUCUAUUUGUCAUAAGUAAGCAAACAAUUUUUAGUUAUCAUAUAAUCUUUUCACCAUUUAAAAAGAACUGGAAAUGACAUUUUUUUUGUUGGAAGUAAGGUUAAAAAAAGAAACACAACUACAUAUACAGUGUAUAGAAUGCAGUUGAUUACAUGUACACAUUGUGUGAAAGGUUGAUGUUUAAAAUUUUAUGUGGCAAAACUGAAAAUGGAACUGAUUAAAGUUGAUAUUUUGAUGUUGUAUAAAAAUUACUUAGUAUUACCUACAUAAGAAAUGCAAUCUGUAAUUAGUAUCCAUUAACUGUGAUAUUAUACUGUAAGUACAUGUAGUCAUUUUAAUUUAUAUAUUUUUAUAACAUUUUAGUGCACUGAUCAUGAGGUUGUAUGUAAACGGGGUUUAUCAUUAAAAUGAAACAAAUCACUAGCACCUUUGUCUGAGAGCUGGUAUGCACUGAAAAAUGAAUAGUAAUGAAAGGCAUCUGAUAAUUUACCAGGAUAUGUUGCUGAUAAUUAAAAAUUGUCAGUUUCUUCAUGAUUUUGGACUUUAAAACCACUUGUAAAGGCUCUUUAAACUAUGCAAGAAGGUUUAAAAAAAAAAAAAAAAAUACAGUAUCUUGGCUGAGCAUAGAAAAUGCAUAUUGUGUAUCAGCUCUAUUUGUACCAAGCAACAAAUGAUGUUCACAUGGACGUCAAAAGAUGCAUUAAAUGUAAUAGCAAGGUCAGGGAUUCAAAAUGGCUAUUUCAUUCAACUAAUGACAAUCUUGGAGUAAGGAAGACAAUGCAUAUUAAGUUGUUUUCUUUAACCAUAACUUUUCCCCUCGUGAAUUGGAUGUAUGUCAAUGUCUUAUGAUUUCCAAUAUUAUGUUUUGAAAUUAUCUUCAUCACAUUUUUGUUCAUGGAUUGUCAUACCAUGUAUGACUGGAUUUUGUACAUUGUUGAAAUAAAGAGAGAAUUAACUUCUA